CCAUCUCGGUUUGUCGUUGUCGUCGUUCUUCUUUGAAUCGUUCAGUUGUACGGUUCCGUGUCGUAAUCUCGACGCCACCACACCCUUACACGUAUACAUAUAACACACACACAGACAAUGCCGGAUUCCCGUUGGACCCGCGAUGGCACCCGCCACGCCUACAACACGACCUCGAACAAAUACCGGGCCGUCCGGACUCCCGGUGGAGUGCUGAAAGGACAGCGCAUUGGCAAAACGAGCAAGGGAGUCAAGUGCUGCGAUUGCAAGAAUACCCUCGCCGGUAUUAAGCACUUGCCCUCCGGAUCCAUCCGUCGUACCAAGAAGCGGGAACGUACCGUCAGUCGGGCCUACGGUGGAGCCGCCUGUCACGGAUGCGUCCGUCAACGCAUCCUGCGCGCGUUCCUACUGGAAGAACAAAAGGCCGUCAAGAAAGUAUUGGCCGAGCGAAAGAAGUAAACUUACAACACUACUAGUAACGCAAAAAGGACGUGAGCUUGGACAGACUAGUAGGAGCGUCUUGUGGAUUGCCCACCUAAUGUGAAACAACCAAACUUUUAAUCCUGUU